AUGCGUGCUUUCAGGCUCCACAGCUCCUACGGUAGGUGUGACCGCCCGUUGGCAGAAGGUCCUGCCACUGCUGUCAUUAUCGUCUAUGGUGCCAACAGGGAAGAACUUGACUAUGAAUUCCUGGAUCUUGUCAACCUGUCAAAGAAUGUGGAUCUCUUGCUGUCUGUGGCGCUUGGCCAGGUACUCUCCCUCCUUAUCUGUGGCAUUGGUCUCACGAGCAAGUAUUUGUCAGAAGAUUUCCAUGCCAACACACCUGUUUUUCAGAGCUUCCUCAAUUAUAUCCUUCUGUUCUUGGUCUACACAACAACACUGGCUGUCAGACAAGGAGAAGAAAACUUGCUGGCAAUUUUGAAAAGGAGAUGGUGGAAGUACAUGAUCCUGGGGAUAAUAGAUAUAGAAGCCAAUUACCUGGUAGUCAAAGCUUAUCAAUACACCACUCUUACUAGUGUACAGCUCCUAGACUGUUUUGUCAUCCCAGUGGUGAUACUGCUCUCCUGGUUUUUCUUACUGGUACGAUACAAGGCAGUACAUUUCAUUGGGAUUGUGGUCUGCAUUCUGGGCAUGGGAUGCAUGGCAGGAGCAGAUGUCCUCGUUGGGAGACAGCAAGGAGCAGGUGAAAAUAAACUGAUAGGGGAUCUCUUAGUAUUGGGCGGAGCAACGCUAUACGGAAUCUCGAACGUUUGUGAGGAGUAUAUCGUCCGAAAUCUGAGUCGAGUGGAAUUCCUGGGCAUGAUCGGACUCUUUGGCUCCUUCUUCAGUGGAAUUCAGCUUGCAAUCAUGGAACACAAAGAGCUGUUGAAAGUUCCCUGGGAUUGGCAGAUAGGCUUGUUGUAUGUCGGCUUUAGUGCCUGUAUGUUUGGCCUCUACAGCUUUAUGCCAGUGGUCAUAAAGAAAACCAGUGCUACUGCUGUCAACCUCUCCCUACUCACGGCUGACCUGUACAGCCUCUUCUGUGGAUUAUUCCUCUUCCACUACAAGUUUUCAGGACUUUACUUGUUGUCAUUCUUCACUAUCCUUGUUGGGCUGGUGCUCUACUCCUCCACGUCCACCUACGUAGCCCAGGAUCCUCGGGUGUACAAGCAGUUUCGAAACCCUUCAGGACCUGUUGUAGACCUGCCAGCCACCGGCCAGCUGGAGCCUUCGGUAACAUACACCAGCCUGGGACAGGAGACCGAAGAGGAGCCUCACGUUAGAGUUGCUUAAACCCAGGGCUGUUGAUGACCUACUGAUGAUUCAGUGGAGCUCGUGUAUCCAUUAUCUCUGUAUUGUACAUAGAGAAAGGUAUUUACCAGGUGCAGUUACACCGGUGAGCUGCAAGGUAGCAAAUAAGGAAAGCUCAUAAAAAUACAAAUUAAUUUUUCCAGGGUGUUCAUUGCAAGGAGAUGCCAGUCCCUCACGAUACAAGCAGCAUGUUUGCAGUACAAACUGCUGUAUAUGAAUCAGUUAAUGUCAAACUACCUGUGAAAGAUAUUCAAUAUAUAAGCUGAAAUUACAAAAAGAUAUUCAUAGAAGGGUGUUUUUCCACCCACUGAGCGAUAUUAUGCCUAAGCCACACCAGUUGUGGAAAAGCCGCCUUUUUACAGCAAAUACACUUGUGCAGUCACUGUUUAUUUCUCUCUAAGAUUCGUUUGUUUGCACAAAAUAGAUGGGUUACUCGUGGUAGCAACACCCUGACACAUUUUUGCUAGCACCUUGGAUUUGGUGAGGGAAAGAUAACGAAUUCAUCUGUGCUGUCUGUCUAGUUGCCCUUUCUGGGUAAUCUGUUCCAUGAAUCCAGAGGAGGGACAACUUACAAUAUCCGUCUCUAUUCUAGGAAUAGGUAUAAGGCGAGCAUUUUAGCCUUUCUAUAUUUGCAGAAGUGAAGUACUCGAGCAUUGACCUCUCUAUGAUCCAUGGCAGAUUUCCUAGCGGCUGAGUUUCUGCAUCAGGUGACAGGGAGUUAGUUUCUCUGUAGUCAUGACUUAAUACAGAUUUCUUACUUUUUAAAUUUUAAUCUGUAAAAAGAAAAAAUGCAUUUUCUAGUUUCCUAUGUAUUGUACCUCUCCAUGGUAAGAUGACAUAUCGUGUGGAUCAGGGCACGUAUUUUAGAUACUCAGUGCAUCGAGGGCGCCUUCUGCUGUUCCAGUUUGCUUAGUCUCCUGUGGUUCAUUAUUCUAACAAUAGCUAUUUAGAAAUGUGUCAGUUUUUCACCAAAACCCACAAAUUGUAAAAAUCAGGA